UCACAAAGACAAGGUUUAAGAAUAGUUAAUAUUAUAACUAUAGUCAUGAAUAUAUGCUGUUGCCAAUGCAGUCAGUUGUUGUUGGACCCUGUUACUUGUGAUUGCGGUUUAUCGAUUUGCCAAGAGUGCUUAAAUCAUCAAAAGUUGUGCAGAUGCGGAAAAUUUGUUACGGGUGAAAUUAACUCUCCAUUGAAACAAAUUAUCGAGAAAAUUAUAAGUCGACUUUUUUCCAAAAAACCACCGUUUUGCAGGAACAAAAAAAACAAAGAUGGAAAAAUAUUGUCGUGCUGUAUACGAAAACGAGUUAGGAUGCUGAGGUGGAAACUAAAAAGGCAUUCGGAAAUAAAGAUGCUUGGAUUAUGUGGAAAAGACUUAGAAUGUCCAAUAUGCCUCGACAUAUACAGAGGCCCAAUAACCACAACCUGUGGCCAUAUGUUUUGCAAACUUUGCUUAGAACGAUUGCUAUAUUAUAAUAAUAGGUGCCCUAUAUGCAUCAGGGAGUUACACGAUUUUUCCAUAGUUAAAGUUAAUCCAACGAUUGCGAUGACUGAUAUUCUGUCUUUUGCUAAACUAUAUCAACACUUCAAUGAAAGCGAAUAUAUUGUUCCAUUAGUUGUCGUGAAUUGUGACUAUUUUCCGGAAGUCAUCUAUUUGCAAUUUCAUCCUCAAUCGUGGCGAUUCAUAGAUUAUCAUAUAAAUCACUCGAAACGUGUUAUCGGGAUUGUGUUAAAUGAGAAAAAAAUUGAAGAUGUAGGAUAUGUUGCACAAAUCAGGGAUUGCGUACUUAAAAGAGAUGGUAACUUAAUUCUAACGGUCCAACUUGAUACGCGAAUAAAUAUCAAGAAUCGUUACAAUCUCAAUGGGUAUCGCAAUAUAGCGGUUGUUGAAAACUUCUACGAUGAUGAAAUUAAGCCAGAUGAUGUAGAUGAAAUUGUAAAUCUGUCAAGACAAGUUUUACUAAAUUUAUCACGAUGGCUAUUAUCACAAAGUAAUGCCCAGUUAAGCCGAAUUAUAUCAUUAUAUGGAAACACUUCAAUACGACGAAUAAAUAUUUAUAAUGAUGUGCACAACAGGAAUGGAGCGCCGUGGCUUUGGAAAUUAAUACGGAUAUUGCCAAUAAAAUUAGAUACAAAAGUAUCACUACUUUGCUCAAAAAGUAUGAAAGAAAGACUCGCACUAGUUAACAAUAUUUUAAAAGAAGCUACGUUUAAGUCGUUUUGUUUGGGAAUAUCUUCGAUGAGUAAAAGUAAUCACAGAUUUUAUUCAUUAAAUAAAUGACUGGUUUUCUCGUUCGCCUAUAAAGUUGUGUACCUAAAUAGUUACAAAUGUGUGUUCAUGCAAUUUUAUCAUGUUCCAUUGGGAUUAACACUAUUUUUCCAAUUUUUUUAAAAGAAUUAUAUUACAUAAACACCUCUUAAUAAAUAGUAAACAUCAUUUAUAUCGCAGUCUGCAGGUUAAGUGCCCUGCAAGAACCUGGCAAUGUUACCUUUUUGAAUUACUAUACUUAUGACAGUAAGUAGUACCCAUGUGUUAGAUCUCGGAUCACCUGUCAAAUUUAUAAGAGACAGUUCUAUAAUAAGGAGUUCUUGUCAACGAAAACAUUAGUUAUGAGUUUGUUUGUAACACAUCUGAAAAUAACUUUUUAGAGGUAUCGUAUCGGGUAGUAUAGACUACGGCCUUUGUACCUACAGCUCAUAUGUUUCGAGCCGGUUGAGGGGCACCAGACCAGAGAUGAGUGCAAGUGUCCAUAUGUGGUCGCACCCAGCAAUGUCCUCGACCUCGAAUGAUGUCGACAACAACCUCUAUGAUGCGCUCAGUGAGAAACAUCGUUAUCUUCUCACAGUAACUUUUGGGAAGCCCAAAUCUUGUAUGUUAAGUACACCAGAAGAUUGCCAGCCGAUCCACAGUAGCGCAAGCCUUUCUGUUGGUCGUUGAUCAACUGGUGACUUCAUCAUCAUCAUCAUCAGCUCAAGAGCUGGCGAUUAAUUUCGCGAGAUCCGGUUGACGAAAGAGCUGUCACCUUUAUUAGGUAUCGGAUGGAUAAGAGCUGACUUCUUUAAGUCCGGUCCUACGAUUUUUGAUUGUGAUUGGUGGAAUAAUCAUUAGCACCGUAUUUGACUGGAGAGACACAUUCAAAGAAAAUGGUGUUCGUCUUACAGUUUUCUGUCUGCUCAAUACUUAAGUCAUAGAGCUCUGACACCGCGGGAUGUUUGGUGUUGUCUUGAUUUUGAAUCUUGUCAUAGUCGAAGUUGAGGCAUAUAGAGUGCCCAGAAGAUCAGCUUUCUCAUUUGUCCUGUGGACAAGGGUUUUAUUUCCCAUGUGCAGCGGCGGCAAGUAUGGCUUAGAGUAGUUACCAACAUGUGUGUUCCAGCCGGGUAACUUGAAAGCUCGCCUAUUUGACGUCGUGCAUGGAUACCACAAGGGUGAUUUGCUGGUCGAAGCACCUGGAGGCACGUUUGUAUAUCCUCUUUAGAGGAGAUAUAAACUAGAACUUUGAAGUUCGGAUCUUUUGUACCCAACUCGAACGCAGGUUCGAUACACCUUUUUUGCAGUCAGCUGCUACUUUAACUGACGCACCUGAGGUGUGUGAACUGCCACAGUAGAAAUGAAAAUAUCCAUGCCCUGUAGUAAUACAUGGGGAACUGCAACAGCACAAGCACAGGGAUAAUCGAGAGGGAAGCAGACCCUGCUUGGAGGGUGGGAUGCAAACAGGGAAACGUAUCCUAUAUCAACCUGCUUAAGGAAUAGGUAGACCGCUUGCAGCCAUCUCAAGAUGAUGGGGAACAGCGUUAAAUUUGGGAUGAUUCCGCUAAUGCUUCUAAGGAUAAAUUGCUUUCAUUGUGAUUUUAUAUUGAAUAUUGUGUGCAGAAAUACUUUGACUAUAAAUGUGACUCUGAAAAAUUUUCGCGCCAUCUAUUUAAAAUUAUAGUUCACAUAAUCAUUUCAUAAUUAUUAUAAUAUAUCACUAUAUUAUAAUAAUUAUGAAAGAAAAGUGAACGGCGAAAAAGAAAAUCAAAAAUAGCCGCUUGCCAUUCGGCGCGCUUGGUGCGCACCAAUUCUAUUAUUUAAUAGAAUAUAUUUUUUACUCUUACGAUGGCAGGGACAACACGUGGUAGAUCCCAAGAAAUCGGACGAUUCGUUGAAAAUUUAUAUUAGUCGAUAUUCUUAUAUACCUACCUACUUACUUAAAAUUCUCUGACCAAUAACGUCGCUUUUACAAUAUUUGAAUUUUAAAGAAAAAUUCCAGACUUUUUUGUACUUUAUAAAAAAAUAUUUCUUAUUUAAAAUACAAUUAUCGUCAAAACUGUUGAUGUAGUAAUUGUAAAGUAAUAAAUUUUAUAAGAAAA